UGCGCCGUUCUGGAGGCGCAAAGCCGGUAAUUACGCGCCGUGCCGACAACUUUGGCGCGGCGCUGUAUGGAAUGCGCAUCAGCAACAGGCCAGUCUCUGGGAUCUACUAAGAUUUCCCUUCCUAGAAGCAAAGUGUGAUCGUCGGGAGUCAUCUGCUACCAAAUCGUCUCAUCGAUUGAGUGAGCGCUACAACCUGUGGCUGUGCGCUACUUGAUUUCUAUCAAAAUCCCGCUAAAGCGCAAUGGAAGGACAGAGCUGACGGUUUUGAAUACGUAGCCCGGAGAGCAGGAAAAAAAAAGGGAAAAAAGAGGAGGACAGCAGCCUAAAGAAAAACCAUGUAUGGGCGGUACACCCAGGAGCUGGGUGUGUUUGCCAAGGAGGAGGCAGCGCGCCUACGUGAUGGAGGGGUGCGGGAUGGUGGUGGAAUGAGGAGGAACGCCAGCGUUCGUAGUCGUGCUGAUCUUCUGGAGUAUGAGAAGGACCCCUGUGCAAAGUGCCAGUUGUGUGCAUCUCGCUGCCAGAAAUUCUUGAUCUCACGGGUGGGGGAGGACUGGAUCUUCCUCAUACUGCUGGGGCUUCUCAUGGCUCUGGUCAGCUGGGUCAUGGACUACGCCAUUGCCUUCUGCCAAGAAGCACAGAAGUGGAUGUACGGUGGACUGGACAGUAACUUGCUUCUGCAGUACAUUGCCUGGAUCAGCUACCCUGUAGUGCUCAUCACAUUCUCUGCAGGAUUCACACAGAUACUGGCGCCUCAGGCUGUGGGUUCAGGUAUUCCAGAGAUGAAGACCAUUCUCAGGGGUGUAGUCCUGAAGGAGUAUCUGACUUUUAAGACCUUUGUGGCCAAAGUGAUUGGUCUGACCUGCGCUCUGGGUAGUGGAAUGCCUCUGGGAAAAGAGGGACCCUUCGUUCACGUUGCCAGUCUGUGCGCCGCUCUCCUGAGCAAAUUCAUGGCUGCUGUUUUUGGUGGGAUUUACAUGGAAGAGCCCUUUGAAGGAAGCAAGAAUGAGUUGAGGAACACGGAGAUGCUGUCGGCCGCCUGUGCGGUGGGUGUGGGCUGCUGCUUUGCUGCCCCUAUUGGAGGGGUGCUGUUCAGUAUUGAGGUCACGUCAACAUUUUUUGCUGUGAGGAACUACUGGAGGGGCUUCUUCGCUGCCACCUUCAGUGCCUUUAUAUUCAGAGUGCUUGCCGUCUGGAAUCAGGAGGAAGAGACCAUCACUGCUCUCUUUAAGACCCGUUUCCGUCUGGACUUCCCGUUUGACCUUCAGGAGCUGCCAGCGUUUGCCAUACUUGGGAUUGCCUGUGGUUUUGGGGGAGCUCUGUUUGUCUAUCUGAACCGGCUGAUUGUAGAGUGCAUGAGGAAGCAGAAGACAAUUAACAAGUUCUUGCUGAGGAAGCGUCUGGUGUAUCCUGCACUUGUCACCCUGCUGAUCUCCACACUCACGUUCCCUCCAGGCUUCGGACAGUUCAUGGCUGGACAGCUGACGCAGCACGAGUCUUUAGUGGCACUGUUUGACAACCGCACGUGGUGCCGUCAGGGUGUGGCGGAAGAGUUUGACUACACCAGUCACCACCAUGCCUGGAAACACCCCCAGGUCAACGUCUUCAUCACGCUUAUCCUCUUCACUGUCAUGAAGUUCUGGAUGUCUGCUGUGGCCACCACCAUGCCUGUUCCAUGCGGCGCCUUCAUGCCUGUUUUUCUUAUUGGUGCAGCAUUUGGCAGACUUGUUGGUGAGAUCAUGGCAGCCAUGUUUCCUGAUGGCAUACAUGCUGCCGGCAGCGUGUAUCCCAUAGUUCCUGGCGGAUAUGCUGUAGUUGGUGCUGCUGCGCUGUCCGGAGCGGUCACACACACUGUAUCCACAGCGGUCAUAGUGUUCGAGCUGACUGGUCAGAUCUCGCACAUCUUGCCUGUGAUGAUUGCUGUGAUCCUGGCCAAUGCCGUGGCCCAGGCACUCCAGCCAUCGCUGUAUGACUCCAUCAUUCGAAUCAAGAAGCUCCCUUAUCUGCCUGAGCUGGGGAUGGGACAUCACGAGAAGUAUAAUAUCCGUGUGGAGGAUAUCAUGGUCAGGGAUGUGCGCUACAUCACUCUUAUCUCUUCCUAUCGGGAACUGCAAGAGAUGCUAAUGACUGGUCAGCUCAAAACACUGGCCCUAGUUGAAUCCAGAGACUCCAUGAUCCUGCUGGGCUCCAUAGAGCGUUUGCAGCUCCAGUCCCUGCUCUCUCUUCAGCUGUCACGCCAGCGGAGGCUGGAGUACCUCCGCCAGCUGGCGCAGGACAACGGCACACACGAUCACCUGCCCAGUCUUACCAGUGAUAGCACCCCCAGCUCACCCUGCACCCACACCCACCUCAACUCCUCGAGCAAUUCUAGUGCUCGCCAAGCGGUCCGCUUCUUGAUCUCCACAGAAGAGUCUUCAUCCUUCAGCCCCGUGGUUUCCAACGUUCAGCUUCCUCUGAAAUCCGCCUUGAAAACCGUGUCUGCCAUCAGUGAAACAGAGACGCCAAACAGCUCUCAGACCCUUUCCUGUGCUGACCAAGACAAGGAGCUGCUGGAGAGCCCGGCUGGGCCGGCUCCUUCUGAAAAAAGAAAGCCCAAGCCCAAACGUGUGAGGAUCUCCAUGGCGGACUCUGCUGAGGUGGAAGACUGCAUGACCCCCUCAGAGAUAGCAGAGUGGGAGGAGCAGCAGCUUGACGAACCGGUGGAUUUCAAGAACUGCAAGAUUGAUCCGGCACCCUUCCAGCUGGUGGAGCAAACAUCUCUGCAUAAGACUCACACCAUCUUCUCUCUCCUUGGUUUGGACCACGCCUAUGUGACCAGCAUGGGACGACUGGUUGGAGUGGUCUCUCUCAAAGAGCUGCGUAAGGCCAUUGAAGGCUCAGUGACGGUUACUGGAGUGAAAGUGCGCCCUCCGCUGGCCAGUUUCCGUGACAGUGGGAACACCACAAAUGUAUCCGAGGUAACUGAACUUCACAAGUUGUGUAUCCGCCACAGGGGGCUCUCUUUGCCACGGGAACCCAACCCUCCAAAUGUAGAGGAUCAGCCAGAUCUCCAGUACAAAGAGAUCCCCGUCAACUUUUCGGACGAAACAAAUGUGCAGUUUGAAGCCAGCCCUGGCGACAUCACAGAUCCGUCGUCAGAGUUGCCGCUCCAGGAAAGCCCCUCAUUCACAGAGGAUCAAUCGGAGUUUACUUUUGACUGCAGCCCCUCCCACACUGAGGAAUCAGAGCUGGCCUGUGACUAUGAUCCCCCCACCCAAACUCCUGAGCCAGAUGAAAUGGAGCAAGAGGAGGGUCUGUCUCUAAACGAGGGCCAAUCAGAACCUGGGGGGGAGGGUAGCACAGCCCACACUGAGGAUCAGUCAGAAUGAUCAGAUCCAUACUGUCUCAUGAAUGUUGGCGUUUCUUACAUUUGUUGGGGUCCCACUCACCUCCAGCCUGGAUACUCGUGUUUCUAACGUUGUUGUGGUGUGAGAGUGAGCGAGUGAGAGUGAGCAAAUCUAUGUUUAAAGGACAAAGCUGGUUUUCUUUUACAUUUCUAAUACCGGCAACUGAUCUCUUGGAAAGACCAAAAGUAGCACAUUCUGAUUUGAGAUCAUAUUCAAAGAGUCCAUAUGAUUUUUUUGUUUUGUUUUACAGGGUAUAAAAUGCAAAUAUCAGUAUAUGUGGCUCUGCUACAUCUGCUGAAGACAGUGGAGUCAAAUCCACAAUUCAAAUGCUUUAAUCACACCAUUUCUACAUUGGUUUAUCCAUCCAUGUGAAACCAAGAACACAGCAUGCUCAAUGAUAAGUUGUUGGCCAGUAAGCAGACCCAGGAUACCGCUUUUCUGACUCUUAAUAAUGACCAUAAUUAUGAAAAGAGCUUCAUAUUUUAUUUUGUAUAAUCUGAAACUAGUGAUUGACCCCAAAGAGUCAAAAAGUUUAUUUUUCUGAGGUUGCUGAGCAAGACAGCUAAGGGUCACUUUUCCAUAGACUUCUUGACUAUACUCCUGUGGUCUUAUUGCCACCAGAGGAGUCGCCCCCUGCUGGCCUUUAAAAAGAAUGCAGGUUUAAGGCGCUUUCAGGUUGGCUUCAGUAUUCUGACAAGGAAGCUGCAUCCAUCCUUUUUACCUUCUGUAAUGUCAGUACUGAUAUCUGUGAGAGAGUCAAUCUACACAACAGAGCUAUCAGCUGGGUUCUAGCUCUUUCUAUACUGUUGAAGAUAGAAUGUCUGAGUAUAUGUCUUGGGGAGUAUAUUUAUUAAAAGUUGUUUAUUGUUUUAAAAAAAAGGAAAAUAGAGAGGGAUGAGGUUAGAAUUAAUUAGCAUAACACACCCAAAUCCCUCAGAAAAUUGUUGGAGGCUGGGUUGUAUUGUGAGUAAUGUAGGAGUGAAGUUCUAGCAAAGAACAAUGUACUGAAUGAAGAUCACUUCCUUGGUCUUCCUGAGUCUUUUUUCUUUCUAAGUGAAAUUUGUGAGUCCAGCAAACUGUUGGAGAAUUCCUGAAAACAAUAUUUACAUUAGGAUUUAUUUGCAGCUUAAAUUUGCCCAGAUGCCGCUAUAGCUGGUCUGUGCUAAAAUCUCAGUUUUACUGAACAUUGUUUUGUUUUGUUUUUCCAUGUUUGCUAAGAGUAAAUUAUUUUUAUAUUGACCUUAAAAUCUCAGUAUGAUUGCCACCAAGCAAAACUGAUCAUUUGCUCAAGUAACAUGUUUAGGUUACUUUGUCUUUCUUUUCAUCUUUUCUUUUACCUCAUUUCUGUCAG